GCAAGAUCAUAAUGCUGCAAAACUCGCAUGCCCGCCAAAUGAGAAAGAACGCCAGACCGCUAUAACGCUUACCGAUAACCAUAUCGUCGAUCUGAAACUACUGUUGUUGAGGAUCAGCAAUACUCCAGUUGAUCCAGAGUCCUCCGAACUACCCCAACUUCAAGCAUACCACAUCAAACCGGGCAUGAGCAUCGAUUUCGAAUUUUCGGAACAAC